AUGAAAACAAAAUUAUUACCGUUUCAAUUAGAAGGCUUGCACUGGCUAUUAAACCAAGAAAACAAUACUAUUUAUCAAGGUGGUAUACUAGCAGACGAAAUGGGUAUGGGGAAAACUAUCCAAACCAUAUCACUACUAAUGUCGGAUUUAAAUGACCCCGCAACCCCUACAAAAACUGAGAAAAGGGUAACACUUGUUGUUGCACCCACCGUUGCCUUGAUGCAAUGGAAAAAUGAAAUCGAACUUCAUGCAAAUAAUCACUUAAAAUGCUUUAUAUACCAUGGUCCAAAUAAAAACAAGCUCAAUCGAAAUCCUAAUAAUGAUAAUGAAGUUUUUAACGAUUAUAAUGUUAUUUUAACCACUUUUUCUGUCUUGGAAUCGUGUUAUAGAAGAGAAAAAUAUGGCGUCAAAAGGAAAAAUGGCGUCUUACGGGAAAAAAGCUUAUUGCAUAAUUUUCAUUUUUAUAGAGUUGUAUUGGAUGAGGCCCACAAUAUUAAAGAUAGAACUUCCAACACCGCUAAAUCAGUCAACGAGCUGAAUACUCGCAUGAAAUGGUGUUUAACAGGUACUCCUUUGCAGAAUAGAAUCGGUGAAAUGUAUUCUUUGAUUAGAUUUUUAAAUAUUGCCCCCUUUACCAAAUAUUUUUGUACCAAAUGUGACUGUUCUAGUACCACAUGGCAAUUUAGUGAUCAUAUGCACUGCGAUCAUUGUAAUCAUGUUAUUAUGCAACAUACCAAUUUUUUUAACCACUUCAUGUUGAAAAAUAUUUUAAAGCAUGGGUUUGAAGGCCCAGGCUCAACCAGUUUUAAAAAUAUCCAAAUUUUGUUGGACCAAAUCAUGUUAAGAAGAACUAAAGUAGAAAGAGCUGAUGACUUGGGUUUACCCCCAAGAAUCGUCACAAUUAGAAAAGAUUUUUUCAACCAACAAGAGAAGGAUUUAUACCAGAGUUUGUACACAGAUGUUAACCGUCAAUACAAUUCAUACGUCGAACAAGGUUUGGUUUUAAACAAUUACGCCAAUAUUUUCACUUUAAUUACGAGAAUGAGACAAAUGGCCGAUCAUCCAGACUUGGUACUACACAAGCUAAAAGAAGUCGAUAGAACUGAUACCAUUGUUUGUCAACUAUGUGAUGAUCAAUCAGAAGACCCUAUAGAGUCCAAAUGCCAUCAUAAGUUUUGUCGUAUAUGUAUUAAAGAGUAUAUUGAAAGCAGCAUCGAAGAAUCCGUCACCUGUCCUGUGUGCCAUAUCUCACUAAGCAUCGAUUUAUCACAACCUGCCCUAAUAACAGCAGACUAUGCAACUUCAUUAAAUAAAAAAAGUAUUGUUAACAAAAUUAGGUUAGAUGGUACAUGGCAAUCAUCCACAAAAAUUGAAGCCUUGGUUGAAGAAUUGUAUAAUUUAAGAAGUGAUUCUAAAACUAUCAAAUCAAUAGUAUUUUCACAGUUCACCAGUAUGCUAGAUUUGAUAGAGUGGAGAUUAAAAAGAGCCGGCUUUCAAACAGUCAAACUAUCGGGCAAUAUGACACCAACUCAAAGGGAUGAGAGCAUUAAGUACUUUAUGAAUAAUAUACACGUUGAAGUAUUCCUAGUUAGUUUAAAAGCUGGUGGUGUUGCAUUGAAUUUAUGCGAAGCCUCUCAAGUAUUUAUUUUAGACCCAUGGUGGAAUCCCAGUGUCGAAUGGCAAAGUGGUGAUAGAGUUCAUAGAAUCGGCCAAAAUAGACCCGUUAAAAUUACCAGAUUUUGUAUCGAAGAUAGUAUCGAAUCAAGAAUUAUUGAAUUACAGGAGAAAAAGGCUAAUAUGAUUAAUGCUACCAUCAACCAUGAUGAUGCUGCUAUUAGUAGAUUGACACCAGCAGACUUGCAAUUUCUAUUUAAUAACUAA